AUGGCUCCGAAACCACCUAGUACGGGUUUGUUUGUUGGAUUGAACAAGGGUCACGUUGUCACCAAGAAGGAAUUGCCCCCACGGCCCUCAGAUCGCAAGGGGAAAACCAGCAAAAGGGUGCACUUUGUGAGAAACCUCAUACGAGAGGUAGCUGGUUUUGCACCUUAUGAAAAGCGUAUAACUGAGUUACUCAAGGUUGGAAAAGAUAAGAGGGCACUCAAGGUUGCAAAGAGAAAGCUUGGAACCCAUAAACGUGCAAAGAAGAAGAGAGAGGAGAUGUCCAAUGUUCUCCGUAAAAUGAGGGCUGGUGGAGCUGGAGACAAGAAGAAAUAG